UUUAAUAAAUAUACCUGGCUUAUUAAUAUUUUAUGGGAACUAAGAAAUAUUGGAAUUUAGAAAGUGAGCCUUAUUAGCCUAAUAAUUCUAUUCAGUUUUUGAGUGCUUCUGCUGAGAAACAUCAUAGAGUGAGAGCCAGAGCCUCAAAUCUUGUUCAUUAUCAAGACCUUUAAACUUGGAACUUGUGCAUUGCAGCAUUUGUCUAUAUAGUUCAAUAAUCAAUAGAUAGAAAGAAAGUGCAUUUUAUUUUCUUAUUUUGUUUUAAAUUUAAGAUGGACCUUCAAAUUCCAAGUAUUACUCAGUACCAAGGCCCCUACAAGACAUCUGAAGAGUACGUCAUUGCUCUGAGGGAAUGGCUCUCUCAGAUGUAUCAGAUUCAAUGCUUGCAUGCAGGCUUCCCAUAUUUUUUGGCUGCUGCCAUGCAGAAGCAGCAUCAGCAGCCAGGAAUGCCAAUUCAUGGCUCAACCCUCACGUCUUCACCUGUUGCUGGCGCCACAAGCAGCUCUGCACAAAACACUUCUCCUCAGCGGGUGGAACGAGGUAGAGAAUACUUGGUGCCGUCGCUGUGGAAGCGUUUUUUGGCCGAGUCUAUAGACUUCAUGCUGCUCUUCACCAUAAAGCUUGUCAUCACUUACCUCGCUAUUGACUUCCUCGACCUCUUUUUUAUUUUCAGUGACAUGGAGAACUAUAACUUGGAAACCUUGAGGGCUGACAUGCUGUCUGAUUACCGCCUCACCAUGAACGUUACGUGGGACAUCUUCCUGCUCGAGUCCAUACAUCGAGUCCUCAAUUGCGUCUUUGAAGCGCUGUGUCUGCACCGAGACAGGCGUGGCCAGGGGGGUGCGACGCCAGGCAAGAAGCUCAUGGGGCUGCGUGUGGUGCGCUGUGAGUGGGUGGUGCCAACUCUCAACAACCAGGUGCUCGUGUACCCUGCCGCGGACCUGGGUUUGUGGCGUUCAUUCACGCGUGCGGUCGCCAAGAACAUCACAAUCACGCUGAUGUUCCCGAUGUGCGUGACGUUCUUCAUGUACCACAACAACCGCAUGCUCUAUGACGUCAUGGCGGGGUCCUUGGUGGUGGAGGACAUUCCGCUCCUGCGCCGCACUCCUAAUAACGACAACAAUAAUAAUAAUAACAACAAUAACAACAAUCAUGGGCGUUAAUAGUGAUUAAGUACAUCAGAUCAACAAUAUUAAUGUAAAAAAACAUCUCCUGCGCCGCACUCCUAACAACACGACAACAAUAACAAUAUUAACAACAACAACGAUGGGCGUCAAUAGUGAUUAAAUAGAUCAGAUAAACAAUAUUAUUAUAAACAAACAUCUCCUACGCCGCACUCCUAUCAACGACAACAAUAACAAUAAUAACAACAACAAUAACAACCAUCGCCGUCAAUAGUGAUUAUGUACAUCAGAUCUACAAUAUUAAUGGUAACAAGUACUAUAAUAACAAUCAGCUAUGAUACGACCAUUGUUUGGGUACGAAAGCAAUAUCCACCAUAGGUAGUGGAGCCGGACUUUGAGAAGAGCUAGUGUAAUAUUUUCAAAGGCAAGGAGAGAGACAUCAGUAGACUAAUUGAAGCCCAAAUAUGCUUUAUUUCCUCCGAUUGUGGAGAUUUUAUGCACCGUUUGUUCACGUAUAAUAUGCAUCUUAAGGUACAGUUGUAUUUUACAUUUACGCGAGUGAUAUAAAAAGCUGUCAUGGCAUCAAAUGAUGAGAAAACUCUUCACUUAUUGCUUCAAAAUUUUCAGUGUUUUUUAAUCAGAAGUCAGCUUCGUCGAAAUAUUUGCGUCCCUCUAUUCCUGGUGCUGUAUAAGAUUAUUUAUAAUAAACCAUAUGCUAAACAUGAAUGUCCAACCUAAAAAAUGGUGCGAUGAAUAUGCUUUUAAGUAUCGAGUACGUAUAAAAUGAUUCAUUCAAGUCACCGUAAUGGGUUGCGUUGCGUUUCAAAUCAACAAUCACGACACUCAUGAUUGUAUGUGUAAUUAUAAGUUAGUUGUUAAUGAGGUAGAGUGGCUAUGUUUAAUCUGUUGUGUGGGGUGGUCUGUUACCGCCUUCACAACUAAGUGGCUUCUAAAAGAUGUCUUCAUCAGAAACCACAUUGCGUUUCCAAUUUUCUGUUGUGAUGAGGAACUCUACCCAGAAAGUUAUAUUUAUUUUGUCACCAUAUUGGCUUAGUUUUUGCACAUCUUUCAGCGUGAUCACUUAUCACUCUAUGGUGAUUUAAUAAGAAUUUCCCCCUUUGGUACCUCUUCAAGAAUAUCUGGAAAAACUGUUUGAAGGUUAUGAAAAAUUUGUUUUCGAGAAUUAAUUAUUUAUUCUUAUUGUUUAUUUUGAUUUCCGUUUGUAUCCACUCAAAACUUUUUAGAAAUCUGGUUGUAAAAAAGAAGCUUUUAAGUUUAAUUAUAUUAUUUUCUGUUACGUUUUACAAUUUUUCUUUUCUGACUACGGGAAAAUACUUUGCAAUAAAAUCAAUGUUGAAGCCGCCGAGUUUAUUGGCAGUCUAUUUGUCUAUUUGCCUGGUUUAUCCUGCUGUUGUAUUAGAGGUGUUCUUUUCCUAGUCAAUACCUCAGCUAACCCUUUUUAUUACAUUCGUACAAGGAUGCUUGUAUCAUCAUCAACUGUACAUUUCUGCUCGAUUGAUUUUUACGCACGUUUUUUUAAUUCUAAAGCUCUACUCUCUCCUUACUUCCUUUUAAUGUCUCAAGAUUUAUAUCGUAUCAUUACGCGGAAAUUAGGCCUUUUGUUUUGUAUUUGUUUGGUAACAGCAUUUCUAUCUUCAUCAGAUAUCUAUUUUAUUCAUGUUUAACCGAUUUGGUCAUAGUUAUGAUUAUGUAUUGAGUCAAUAAAAGUAUUUGUAUCUACCUGACUCCGUAA